AUGAAUCUCCUGGUGCUUGUCGGAGUUGUCAAGAACCUGGUGAAGGCGGUGAGUUUGGCGGGCAGCAAGCAUAUGUGCGGGAGGGUUAUCGAAGGCGGAGGCGGCGAAACUACUGUUAUCGCCAUCUACUUACUCUACGUGAAUGUCCCUACGCUGAUUCUUUUAUGGGUUGAAUAUUCUACUGCUCUGUAUCAAAGAAAAUUUGAUAAGAGCUUGGUCCUAGGAACUGAUGAUAUCCCUGUUGUGCCUUUUGAACUAGCGGUCAUCCAGAGAGUGAAAUCUGCGUCGGUCACGGUAGACGAGAAACUGGUCUCGUCAAUCGGCCGCGGAUUGCUUGUCCUUGCCGGUGUAGGCAAGGAGGAUACCGAAAAGGACGCAGAUACUCUCAUUCAGCGGAUAUUGAAGGCCAAAUUAUGGCCUGCCGAAGAAGGCGGCCAAUGGAAAAGGAACGUGCAAGACAUUGAGGGAGAGGUGCUCUGUGUAUCACAAUUUACGCUCUACGGUCAAUUGAAGAAAGGCAGCAAACCCGACUUCCACGAUGCAGCCGACGCGGAGACAGCACGGAAACUAUACGAUUACUUCUUCCGCCGGCUGCGCGAAGCGUACAAACCCGACCGGGUCCACAACGGCGUCUUCCAGGCCAUGAUGGAUGUCGAACUGAAGAAUGAUGGGCCGGUGGGUGUAGAUUACCGCAGUGAGGAUGCGGCGGUCACAAUCGAGAUCAACACCAAACUGGCGAAGGAGAAAAAGCCCGGGGAGGGACAGAAUAAGCCGCAAGGCGAACGGAAAGACGGGGAGACGCAAACCAUUGAGUUUGAACUACCAGCAUCACUGCUGGAAUAA